AAAUGGAAAAGGUGAGGUUUAGACUUUAGAGGGCAUAAUUUGAAUUUUAACACUGUUAUUUUUAUUUUAUUUGCUUUUCCAGAUCUGACUUCCAUUAAAAAAAUUGUAAGCUCCAAUGGCCUCUUUUACUCUGCACCCGCUUCAGACUGGUUAAGGAGACGAAGGCGGCGACCAAUAGAAUGAAAAGUCAUCGGCUCGACUCGACUCCGUCUUCUUGACGUUGGUCCCACACUCCAAUUAGCUGAUCGGGAAUUCGUAAAAUUUGUUAGCGGGGAACCCAAACUCUUCCUCCCAUAAUUCCGCGUUUGCAAAUGGCUCGCCUCUCCUUCUUCCCCAAGAAACUCAAUUGAUCAUCAAUGACCCAUCUUCAUCUUCAUCUUCUUUGACAAUUUUUUAUUCAUUGAUCUUCAUUUCCUUUGACCCUUUUAGCUUUCAAAUCCGAUCAGCCCUCUUAGCUGUAGGAAAUGGUACUCCCGUUAUUGAAGCUUGGAACCCUGGCUUUGAAAACUCUGAGCAAGCCACUCGGUAAUAGACUCAAGAAACAAGCUGCGUUGCACCCCAGAUUUAGGCAGUUCAUCAUUAACGUGGCCCAGAUGAACCAUCGGAUGUCAACACAAAUGCAAAGACGCAUAUAUAGUCAUGCAACUGAUGUAGAAAUUCGCCCCCUGGAUGAGGAGAAAGCGGUUCAGGCUGCUGUAGACCUGAUUGGCGAGGUUUUUGUAUUCACGGUAGCAGGAGCAGUAGUGAUAUUUGAGGUUCAAAGAAGUGCAAGGUCAGAAGCCAGAAAAGAAGAAGUACGCAGACAAGAAAUUGAGGCAUUGAGGCAAAGAGACGAAAGCUUAGUAGCAGAAAUGGAACUCUUGAAGCAUAAACUUGUAGAAUUGGAACAAGCAGCUAAAGGACGAGGUCUUGGUGGUAUUUUGAACUUCAAACAUGCUAAUUCAGAAAGUGGGAAUUCAGCAAAGCCCGCUUGAUCAUGUUGCCAGUUUGUCCACUAAAGGAUGUGAUUUCAUCAACUUGCUUUUGAAAAAUGAAGGUGUAUUCUCCUAAUUCUUUUGAGAUCACACCAUUUUUGAACCCAUUGAUUUUGAUAUUAGUUGUUUUUUAUAUCUGUACAUGAACAUUAUUCGAAUAAAAUUCUUCCUGUCCCCCUGCGAUAAUGGGGUAUAACACUGUUCAAAGUAUCUAGUAAAUGAACGAAACUUCGGCUAUUAUAUAAUUUGAUUAACGACUCUAAA